AUGAGAAGGUGUUCGCUGUUCAUAUCCGAGCCUGAAAGAUUCCUUGAAGAAGAGUCCAAAAAGCAGCUGGCCGACCCAAUCGUGUACAAUCCUGGGAGUCUUCCUUUGGUCGGCUCUUUGGUAUACUUUCGCAAACGAGGCCACUGUGAGUCCUCAGGGCUAAACGGUGACCAGACUCGCUCCAAACUCCUGGACCACAAGUCCAGCUCCUACCCGAAUUUGUCACGAUGCCUGGGGCAGGGUACAAACUACAACAACGACGACAUGGACAAUUUGCAACCAACCUCGCCAUCCAGCUCCAUUUCGAGCACCGAUUCCCAGACAACACUACACGAUCAUGUUCACGAGGUCAAGGACAAAUCAGAUCCAUCGUUCGAUGAGCUAGAUAGCCACAUCAACCACCAGAGACGGAACUCAUCGGGAUGGAACGAUACCGGUGACUGCUCCAGGUCCCUCAAAAAGGAUCGCAAAAGUAACACAAGACACAGAAGACGCCUCACGUGUGCUGUCGUGUUCACAAAACCAAGGCUUGUCCAACUAUAG